CUGCUGUGACUCCUAAAGCACUCCACAGUGCAGCAAAAGCUGGAAACUUGCAAAUUGUUGAGAUACUGCUCGACCAUGGAGCUGAUAUCAAUGCUUUCAAUAUUUCCACAUCUGAAGAAACAGCACUCUUUAUAGCAGCAAAAAGAGGACAUGAAGAAGUUGUUAACAUACUGCUUGGUCAUGGUGCUAAAGUAAACACUGUUAAUAUGUUCUCCCAAUCAGCACUCUACAGUGCAUCAUUAAAUUGGAAACAGAAAGUUGUGGCAAUCCUUCUUGAGCAUGGUGCUGCUACAGAACCUGAAGACCCAUCCCAUGGCAUCGCACUUCAAGCAGCAGCGGAAACCGGGCAUCUACGGAUUGUUGAGAUACUGCUUGUCCACGGAGCCAAUCCGAAUUUCCAAAAUGGAUGUGGCCAAACAGCACUCCAUAAAGCCGCAGGAAAUGGCCAUGAGAGAAUCGUUGGGAUCCUGCUCGAAAAUGGUGCCGGGGUUGGCAUGCAAGACUAUUACGAGUGCACAGCCCUCGAAGCAGCAGAAGGUAAUGGGCACCAAGCCAUUGUUGAUAUACUCGAGAAGCAUGUCAAUUCUGGUGGAAAGCUCAGCUCUGUAUGCAACUAGUCUGAACAUGCGAAUUUUUCUCGUCCAAGAAAUCGAAUUCUGUUAAUUUAAAGACAUUCAAUAUGAGUUGGCCCCAUCUACUCGGCUUUCUUCUAUUAAGAUCCAGGUUUAGGGCCUUAUAAAAGUCUCUGACUAUGCAUCAGUUGCCGAUAAUUUCACACCACGCCAUGAAAGAUGAGGAUUAAUCAGUCACUCCAGACACCUUCUCACCCUGGAGGCACCUACCCAGGUAUUGACCGCGAAGAGCCACAUACCGGCAGUACAUAUAUACAUCUACGAAAGGACUGGACAUAGAG